AUGAGUAUCGAAAUACCAGAUGGUUUGACAGAUUUAUUGAAAGGAUACACAAUAGAGGUGCUUCGAGUCAGGCCUCCGGAUCUGGUGGAAUUUGCUGUCCAGUACUUUACCCGCUUACAAGAAACUAGGGCUAACAAUUUAAUCAGUCCAACUACCCCUAACAGGGUUGAGCAAAAAGGUGUGAAUUUCACGACUACAGAAACUACAGAGUGCAGCGAGGAAGAGGACGAGGAAGAGGAAGAAGAUGAUGAUUUUCCAGAAGAUAUAACAUUCAGGCCACCACCAACUAGUAAAUGCAACAGAAGAGUAUCAGUGUGUGCUGAGGCCUAUAACCCAGAUGAUGAUGAGGAUGAUGACAGUGAGCCAAGGGUGGUUCACCCAAAGAGCGAUGGACAGCGCUGUAGGCUUCAGGAGGCCUGCAGGGACAUAUUACUGUUUAAAACACUAGAGCAGGAACAGUUCUCAGAGGUGUUGGAUGCUAUGUUUGAAGUGCUGGUUAAGCCUCAAGAACACAUAAUAGACCAGGGAGACGAUGGUGAUAAUUUCUAUGUUAUUGAAAGGGGAGUGUAUGACAUUGUGGUGCAGAAAGAUGGAGUGAGUCGCUGCGUUGGCAAGUAUGACAAUAAAGGCAGUUUCGGGGAGUUAGCACUUAUGUACAACACACCGCGAGCUGCCACUAUCAUAGCUUCCCAGGAGGGGGCGCUGUGGGCACUGGACAGGGCCACGUUCCACAGACUUAUUGUGAGAAAUAAUGCGAAGAAAAGGAAAAUGUACGAGACCUUCAUUGAGUCUGUGCCUCUGUUGAAAGCACUUGAGCUGUCUGAGCGAAUGAAGAUUGUCGAUGUUUUAGGAAUAAAGUCAUUUAAAGAUGGGGAACUAAUUAUUAAGCAGGGGGAUAUGGCUGAUUGUUUCUAUAUCGUGGAGUCUGGGCAGGUGAAGAUCUUGAUAAAAAGCAAAACUAAGACUAACCAGAGGGAAAACAAGGAGGUCGAGGUAGCCCGCUGCUCAAGGGGCCAGUAUUUUGGGGAGCUGGCCCUAGUUACCAACAAACCCCGGGCAGCUUCUGUGUAUGCUGUAGGAGAAACAAAAUGUUUGGUAAUUGAUGUGCAAGCUUUUGAGCGUCUGUUGGGAUCCUGUAAGGAGAUUAUGAAGAGAAACAUCGCCUCCUACGAGGAGCAGCUGGUGGCCUUGUUUGGUUCGAGUGUGGAUCUGAGAAACUGA